AUGUCAGACCCAGAAACUAGUCUCAACCUCGCCACAAACACUGCAGACAGUGGCUCUCCACCAGUCGCGUCUGAAUCUCGCCCUACUCAGUCAACACCUCCGCGACGCUCCGGAGUAGGUCGCUCGGCCUCGCAGAAAGGUGGCAACGGCUCAGAGAAGCCUAUCCCGUCACAAACACCUCGCAAUCGAGUCUCUGAACACGGAAACCACACCCGCCGAACGGUGGGAAGAGACGACCCGGACGUCGUCAAAGAGUGGAAAGAGAUGCUUAAUGAUGGCUUUGGGGGCGUUCUUCCGCUCCAGGAAUUCUUCGAACAGGCCAUGGGUUAUCCUGCCCCACCAAACCUCCAAGAAAUGACAGCGACUAUUCUCGGUCAUUGUGAAGACGCGUCCCUGAAGGCCACAGAGGCUGCCAAAACCCUCUCGAAACAGAAAAACGCUCGCAGUGCACGCAAGAAGACAAAAAAGCAGCGACAAGACGAGAGUGCUCUGCAACAGAAAAUGAUGGACGUCUUUGGAGCUAUGUUCCGUCUCUUCCCCAAGGACCGUCGCCCCGCCCUUGCCGAUAUGCGCAAUACCCCAGUCCCAUCGCUUGUUCCCGACGAGCCUGGGACUCGCCCAGAUGUUGUUAUGGGCAAAGCCGGGGUGCGCAAGCCAUUGAAGUGGCUUUGGCGUCUACUGCAACUUGUUUUCGAGCUCAAGCUCACUGUCGACAUCAUCGACGCACAAGGCGGCUUGAAGCAGAGUAAAGAGGCCUUGCUGGCUGCUCGGCAAUUAGGCAAAAGUGCGCGGAACUUGUUGAUGAGUUCGGGUGGCACACAUGUCUUCGCUGUCAGCAUUUUCGACCACGAGUGGGCCCGCAUCUUCCGGUUCGACCACGGAGGCUUCCAGGCCACCGAAAAAUUCCAAUGGACACGUGACCUCACGCCAUUCAUCCAACUCUUUGUCCGAAUGUAUCGAAUUCGACUCUCAGACAUCACCAAGGUGGACUCGGAAGUGGCUCCUACUCCGGCCGAUAAGCUCGUUGAUGGAGGCGACGAUACAGUCCGAGCAGCGACCGAUGACGAACAAAAGCAACUAUUCUCCGCCAUCCAACUCGACGAGUUCUACAAAGCUAUGUUCCCAACUCUCGACAGCUUGAAGGACUCCAGAAUAAUGCUUGCUGCUCGCCGAACCUCAAAUGAUCUCAAUGCGUCCAACACCGUCGUUCAUUGUAUCACAAUGGGCCGGGCUCUCUCUAUUAGUGACGGUCUCUUCAGCCGUGCAACCUGUGUCUACCGGGUUGCAAUAAUGGAAGACUUCCCAGCCAAGCUUUCGGUCUUCGCUUUGAAGGAUGUUUGGAAGCAAGGUUGCCGUCGAGACGAGAUUGACUUCUAUGACGUCAUCGCGCAUCAUAUCGCAACCUUGGACAACUCGAGCCAGCCACCGCAUCCAGAAGAUAAAUUGACGAAGAAAGAGAAAUCGGAAGGGAUGGCCAAGUGCCACGGAAGCAUCGAUCUCUCCCAAGCUCGUGAAGACGCCGAAUGGAAUCCCGCCCUUCAUAAAACUUGUACUCAAGCCUCAGCUGAAACAGCUUCAGCGUCGAGCAGCGAAUCGACUAGUAAAAUGGACUAUGAGCGUCACCAUGUUCGCUCGCUUAUCACUCCCGUCGGCCGACCACUGAAGGAGUUCCCCUCAACAAAGGCACUUUUCAAUGCCUUGUACACCGCUGCACUCCACCACGAAACGGCGUUUGAUGCUGGCGUCCUUCAUCGUGACAUUAGCGAGGGGAACAUCCUGUUUGACGAGCGGACGAUGGAGCAAGACCUUCCGGAUGCGUUUCUCGUCGACUGGGAUUACGCAGAACUCGUCGGAGGCGGACCGGACAAGUUUGAGGACGGCACUCUGACUGGACGAAUGCCUGUUGAUCGCGAGGAGAGAGACAAAAGUCUGAAACGAUUUACGGGAACAUUCCCAUUCAUGGCACUUGAAACUAUAGACGUUGAAGCGCAAGACGAAGCUUUUCGGCACCAAAGUCACCACGACCUCGAGUCUUUGUAUUGGGUGUUAAUUUGGAUGUCGCUCCGGCAUACUGUGCAUAUUGAUCCUAAAGACGAGCUCGCAUGCGACCGGUACUUUAACUCGGCAAAUGGAUCCACGAAAAGCGAGCUGCUUAAACGGAAAGAGCUCUUCAAGCUCUUUGACGAGAAUACCCGCGGGCUGCCCUUGUUUACCGGACUGCACAUGUUUGCCAACGCAGUCUCGCGUCAAAAUGCCGAAGAAGCAUAUAUCCCCAGCACUCUUCCGCUUAAAAAAGAACUCGCUUCGAUGGUGGCUCCGCCGGUGCAGCCUCUUCCCUCCCAAUGCAUCAGCCACCGUAUGGUGCAUCAGUUAUUCGAGCUUUUCCUGCCAGAACAUUCUUGGCCUUCCGGAGACAAGGCCCUUCCCUUCCACAGACCAACCUCCGCACUCUCUUCUUCUCCACUCAACGCUAGCGACGCAGAGGAUCGUAACUCCACAUCCGAUGAGGAGAGCGAUUUUACUGAAACUGUCAAAUCUGGCAGUAACGCCCCGAAAGCGUUCACGAAAUGCUAG